UGCUAAACGGUGACUGGUUCUUUUACGUUUGUUUCACUCUGCAAUUAUCAUUCACAGAAAUGGAAUUUCAAUAUAUAUUUUUCACCUUUGCACUACUUUCGACUGUAGUUUGCUUCCCAGGUAAGUCACGGGACCACGAUGAGGAAAAGGAGACCUUUGAGGAAGAAGAAUUUUUUCGAGAUCAGAUGCGUCGAAACAUGUUGGAACAAAGAAAAUUUCUGAAUGAAAAGAUAUCCGAACUAACGGACACACUUGAUGCCACACUGGGUGGUAAAUUGGACCACCUCAAAGAAGUUGUUGAGGCGAUUGAAAGAAGACAAAAAUUUGCAGCAUUUUGUACUGAGGGAAUAUGCAGUGACAAUGGCACAUGUGCACUCUCUGAUGACGAGGAGACGUAUGUAUGUAAUUGCGAUGAGGGAUAUGUGGGAGAGCACUGUGAAAUCACAGGACCGUGUAAUGUGGAACUCUACCAGGUCCAGCAGAUGCCCCCAAUGCUGGGAAGAGAAUUUCCUCGAUGUGACGAAAAUGGAAGAUAUGCGGGAAUGCAGUUUAGCGGAUCACAAGCAUUCUGUGUUACACAAGAAAAAGAAAAAAUUGAUGGGUACAUGGUCAAUAGAUGGGAGACAGGCGACGAUAUGAACUGUCAGUGUGCUCGAGAUGAAUACUUGAGUGAAGAAGGAAAGACUUUUAACUGUCUACCUAAUGGGAACUAUCCUCAAGUUGCUUGCGACGAUCUUUGGUGUCGGUGCCAGGACUGGCAAGGUCAACAGUAUGGAGGACGUGUACCUUUAGGAGACGUUGAUACAACACUGAAUUGCUAAACAAAUUAUUUCAGACAAGAUUUAUUAGGACAGCAUGACUUGCGUCGAAUUUAAGUCACAAUGCUUCGAAAUGGAUGAUGUCAGUCGAAUUUGAUUGUAUACUUACAUUUAGUUGUAGUAAAUGUUAGACUUUGCAUAUCUUGUUUCAACGUUUUCAAAAGAAAAACAGUAUUUGUGAAGAUAUUUCACAUGUAUUGCAAUGUCAUCUUUAAACAGUGUUACAAUAGAACCUUGAACAUCA